AUUUAAAAAACAAGUUUCUUUGUCGUGUUUUAAUUGACAGUCAUUCUUUUAUUCAUUUUCCAAGUCUCGAUUCCAACUUUGAUGUUUUAUUACCGCAGAACAUUUUUAUUUUACAUUUAUUUGUUGAUUUCUAUGCAAUUAACACAUACUACAUUAUUUAUAUCGAGAUUUCAUUCGUCGUUCCUUUUCUUUAAAGAACAAUAUCUAUUCAUUUUUAAAGAAAGGGCUAAUAAACCAGUAUGAUGGCACUCAAUUUUUGUACAGCUUUGACUGGAAAAAUCCAAUAUUCUGUUGGCAAUCCAUUAAUUUGAUUUAUCCCUGUUUUCAUCUAUAUAUCGUAUACAACAUUAGAUCAGAUUGUCACGUGAAUUCACAUCCGUUUAAAACACGAUGAUAACUGAAUCGAUGACAAUGAAUCGAUGACGCUUUCAAUGAACAUUUUAAAAAGACCCGUCCCAUCAAUGCUAUCAAUAUACUGUUUAACAAAACCGACAAAUCCACUAAUGAAAUUACAUCAUUCGAUUGAUUCAAAUAUCUCCAGUAAGAGAUAAAUAAAUAUAAAUUUCAAGUGAUCAUAUUAUAUUUGGUUUUGACGUCUGUUGGGUUUGUUUAUACUUGUUUACAAGUACUAGAAAUAUACCAGAGUUCUAAAUACUAAUGGAAUCGGGACGGCGGUUGCCCAUCAGAUUGCUGCCCAUACUUGAAUGUAGCUAAAUCACGUACUGGAUUUAUACUGGUAGUUAGGUGUGAACUGGGAAAUAACUAUAUUAUGGGAGACGACUGGCAAACUGGCAAAUCUUUGAUAGAAGCCAACGUUCACAUGCUUCAUAACGAAAUCGCUACUGAUGUCAUUUUUCUUGUUGGUGAUGACUCACAGGAAGUACGGGCUCACAAAUACGUCACGAUGUCACGCAGUCCCGUUCUUCUAAGGGCGUUAAAAGAUCACAUGGACAACACGGAUAUAGCAGUGAGCGUUCCUGACGUGGCAUUCGAAACGUUCAAAUAUGUACUAACAUAUUUGUACACGGAAAAUAUUGAUAUCCAUGCGGACAACGUGACGUCACUACUCUAUGCAGCAAGACGACUUCAACUAAGUGGACUUUCAAAAUUAUGCUUUAGUUAUCUGGAGACGGGCAUGUCAGUUGCAAACGUCUGCAAAAUCCUCGAGCAGGCUCACAUCUACAACGAGACAAACUUGCAUGACAAGUGUUUGACCUACAUUUUGUCGAAUGCUACUGACGUUUUAAAAACGCACGCGUUUAACGAUCUAUGUAGCGAAUGUGUUGGCGCUAUAAUACGAUCAGACGACAUUAAAGCAGACGAAGAUAGUAUUUUCGAGGCAAUGGUUCUGUGGUCAACGAAUGAAUGCAGACGACAAAAGAAACCGUCAACUGAUAUCUAUCGUCGAGAAGUUAUGGGACCACUCCUGUAUCUUAUACGAUUUCCAACAAUGGACGUGAGUUAUUUCACGCACAGGGUCUCUUUUCGUGAUAUUUUAUCACAUGACGAGGCCGUCUCGAUAUACCAGUAUUUCCACGGAGAGGAGCGACAACUUUCAAAAUUGUUCAAUAAAAAUGAACGCAACAGAUUAAAAACGAAACGUCCGUUUGCAUCUAAGAAAGAAAAAAAUCAACAGCGUCAACGCGACCCGAAUGAAGUUCCGUUAAUUUACGAGGAUACUCCAAAAAAGCGUCCACAAGUCAAGCCACAGAUUCCAAUCUCGUACUCAAGUAGCCCAAACAUGUCCCGUGUAUCGAGAUUUAGAACGUAUGACGGGCAAUGGAAGCAAAAUGGUCCACCAGACGCAAUAUCAUUUACUUGCUCAAGUCCAAUUGUGCUUUAUGGUAUUGAAGUAUUCGGUGCGGCCAAAGGGUGCGAAACGUAUAACAUGAAACUUUUUCUAUUUGAUGAUUUGAAAGAUGAGGUACGGAAAAAUGACGCACGCAUUACUACGGAUGCCCUUCGGCGUACGUUUGACGCCAUGUACGCUCGACCAAUCAGAGUGCCCCCGAGACGCAUCUUCACUAUAAUGGUAAUAAUGAAGGGAAGUCCUACCAGUAAAGGUGUGGAUGGAUCUUCCGUACAUAUUGCAGACGGCGUCACAUUUGAGUUUAUAAAUAGUAACCGGAGCUCUAACGGCACCGACGUUAGUGUUGGUCAAAUAGCGGCGUUACUUUUCAAUAAAACUGAGUGAAAAGAAUUGGCAGACACGUUACGGACAUGCAUUAAUCCAAAGUAGUUGAAUAUGAUAUAAAUUAUGAAAGUGACUCAUCUGUUUAAUAACUUUCAACUUC